GAGCGCAUAGUCGCUUGGAGAUCUAUAAUAUAUGUCACGUGAACUAUAUAUUUUCAGACGGAUUUCAAAUCUAUGCGCUCAAUGCGUGAAACGGAACGCAUCCAAGGACUUUACGCGAUACAAUUUGUCUUUUUGUUGCUCGCAAUUGAUAUAUUGAAUCUUUUGUUUAAAUAAUACACAUAGGUAAUGAUAUGUAAUAAUAUUAAAUAAAAAUGAAAUUCAGCAAUAUUUGUCAUUCGUUAAAUGGCUAAGUUUGCGCGAGGUUACAUGAAGAUCGCAUCACAUAACGCGAUGUAUGAAACGCAAGUAAAACAGGGAAGUAUUCCUUGUUUACAUACGGAGUUGAAUCUUGCUCUCACCUUGCAUGGUGGUCAAAGUUUUAGAUGGACUGAUUGUGACGAUGGAUAUAAAGGUAUCUUUGAUGGAUGCGUUUGGACUUUAUCUCAAAAUGAUACUCAUCUAUUAUAUACCGUACAAGGACAAUUAAAGAAUUCUGUGCAUUAUGAUAAUAUUUUGUCUGAAUAUCUUAGGUUAUCAAUAUCAUUGAAGGAACAUUAUAAAAAGUGGGCGGAAACAGAUAAACAUUUCCAGAAAUGUUUAGAUGAAAGUAAUGCUGUGCGAAUACUAAAGCAAGAUGUUGUAGAGACUUUAUUCUCAUUUAUAUGUAGCUCUAAUAAUAAUAUAUCGAGGAUAUCAAACAUGGUUGAAAAAUUGUGUUCGUUAUUUGGUCAGAAAAUAUGCUCAAUUGACAAUAGAGAAUAUUAUGAUUUUCCAACAAUAGAAGCCUUGAAGGAAAAAAACGUAGAGAGUAUACUAAAAAGGGAAAAAUUUGGUUAUCGUGCUGCAUAUAUUGUUAAUACAGCGGAACGUUUAUCGACAUUGGGAGGAAAAAAAUGGCUUUUAAAUCUACAAAAAGAAAAUAAUAUAUCUUAUCAAACUGCUAGAGAACAACUGAUGACUUUGCCAGGAAUCGGUCCCAAAGUUGCCGAUUGUAUAUGUCUAAUGUCAUUAGGCCACUUAGAUGCUAUACCUGUCGAUACUCAUAUCUUUCAAAUAGCACAGGCAAAUUAUUUACCAUACUUGAGAAAACAGAAAACGGUUACCCCAAAAAUUCACACUGAAGUUAGUAAUUAUUUACGAGGAUUAUGGGGCCCAUUAGCUGGAUGGGCCCAAGCUAUUGUAUUUUCUGCAAAAAUUAAUAGCAAAUCUAAAUUAAUCGGAAAACGAAAACGUGGAAACGAAAAUUUUAUACAAGCAAAAGUUCUUAAGGAUAAAUAAUGCUUUUUUAACAAUAGAUUUCGAAAAUUAAUAAAGAUAUUGACCGAGUGUGUCGAUUUUAAUUAUACUUUUAAUAUGUAAGAAAUUGCAUGUCAUCAUUUUCUUGAAUUAGAGAGUAAUUAUCUUUAAUAAUCUCUCGUAUGGACUAAGAAAUAUUUAAAAAAUCAUUUCUUAUAAUAAAAAAAUA